GCUGUUGCAGCACUUCCGCUUCUCUCCCAGCGAGAGAGACACGAGUGGCCAGGCCCAGCCGCACCGAGGAGGAGCAGCCAGACACAAAGGCAGAGGUUGGGGUGUGUGGUGGGGGGGUCGCUAUGUCGGAUGACGAUUCGAGGGCCAGCACCAGCUCCUCCUCAUCUUCAUCCUCCAACCAACAGACAGAAAAAGAGACAAGCACACCUAAGAAGAAGGAAAGCAAAGUCAGCAUGAGUAAAAACUCUAAGCUGCUAUCUACCAGUGCCAAGAGGAUUCAGAAGGAAUUGGCUGACAUCACCUUAGAUCCACCUCCCAACUGCAGCGCUGGCCCCAAAGGUGAUAACAUCUAUGAAUGGAGAUCAACCAUUCUAGGACCUCCAGGCUCCGUCUACGAGGGAGGGGUUUUCUUUCUUGAUAUCACCUUUACACCAGAGUAUCCUUUCAAGCCUCCAAAGGUAACGUUCCGGACGAGGAUCUAUCACUGUAACAUUAACAGCCAAGGCGUCAUCUGCCUGGACAUUUUAAAAGACAACUGGAGUCCAGCAUUAACCAUUUCUAAAGUUCUCCUCUCCAUCUGCUCCCUCCUCACAGACUGCAACCCGGCUGACCCCCUGGUUGGAAGUAUUGCCACCCAGUAUAUGACUAACAGAGCAGAGCAUGACAGAAUGGCCAGACAAUGGACCAAAAGAUACGCUACAUAAAUCGGAUUUUUGUCAAACUUACAUUAUUUGUCUGUGAUGGAAAGAGCUGCUUAUGAUUUUGAAGGGGUGGGGGGAGGGAGGGUGCUGGUAAAGAGUAGGGUAUUUCUAUAACAGAUUUUAUUCAGUCUUUUAUUUCCUAAGAUUUUGUUGUUGUAACUUAAGGUAUCUUGCUACAGUAGACAGCUAGAAUUGGGAAUAGUGUAUUUUAAGACUGUAAUUAGUUCAGCAAUAUUAGCUCACAUAUAGUACCGAGAAGAAUGUAAACUUCUUAGGCAUCUUUGGUUUUCAGUUUGCUUGCAAUAUGCAAAAGAUUAAAACAGCUUAAUUUUGUACAGGUACAUAUGUUGGCAUUUAUGUAAAAGUCCUUUCAAGACUCUACACACUGUUUUUUGCUUUUUGUUUUGUUUUUUGGUUUGGGGGAUUUAUUUUGUUCUGGGUUGGGUUGGGGUUUUGUUUGUUUUCUUUUGUUUUUGUAAAAAGAUGUCAGGAUUGUUUUCCCCUAUGGAGGGCACAUUGGUAUUUAACAAAUCCUUUUUAAAGACUGUCAUCUCAUGAUCUGUGAUACGGAGAGGUGGAUAUAUAGCCUCAUAUAUGAAAUGAGAAGUAGUUAAUGUAUUAUUUUAUAAGCCAAUCUAUCUUUGUGAAAAGAAUAAAGGUUUUAAUCAGGA